AUGUUACCAGAAAAGCAUGAAACUUCGUCGUUUGAUACUACCAGCACUCCAGAUUCUCAUACAGUGAAUGUUGACUCGGAUGAGCAUUCUUCUUUUACAGAGGAUGAGCCAGAAAACAGCCAGCGAGAAAGCUCUUUCGCCGCAUCCGAAGAAGUCGAGAGAGAAAUGCAAGAACUUCGUCGACGGGAUGAAGAAAAACAUCGUCGUAUGCAGAAGCUCGCCAAAAAUAGGAUCCGCCGACAUGUGAAGUAUAGUGGUGGCGACUUCUCUGUGUUAUUGAAUCAGGAUGUGCCUUAUGACGUUAAGUGCGUCCAGCUAAUAGCUUUUGGAUUUAGCGAAAACAUCCACACGGUAAAAGUUCCAAUGCCACUACCUGUGAAACAGGAAGUUCUCAUUCGUGCCCACUCAUGCGGAGUUAGUUUCCACGAUGUCUUGACACGCAUCGGUCGGUUGGACAACUGGGCCCGAUCAUUAGAACCUCCCUUAAUUAUGGGAAGUGAAGUAGCUGGCGAAGUUGUCGCACUCGGAAAAGACGUCACAGAAUUUUGUUUGGGGGAUCGAGUUAUGGCUCUUCCGGAACGAAACGCAUGGAGUCAAUACGUUGUUUGUCAUGUGGAUCUUUGUUUCAAAAUCCCCGAGAAGAUGAGCUAUCACGAAGCUGUAGCUCUAACAGUUGAUGGAAUCGUAGCUCACACACUGCUUUUUCAUAUGGGCAAUCUUAGCCCUGGCGAAGCUGUUCUCAUGCACUCGAUUCCAGGUGGAUUGGAUACCAUGGUGACUCAAAUGGCUCGCACAGUACCCUAUACCCGAAUUUUCAAAAUCGCUAUGGACAACGAAGAGAGACAAAGCGAAUCGGCUGACAAAACGGUCCACAAAAUUGUUCACGAUGCUGAUUACGUCUCAGAGAUUCGCCAGAAUUCACCUAACGGUGUUGAUCUAGUACUAGACUGGCAUUAUGAUGAUAAUUUCCAACGCGACUUUAACCUGCUGAGACCUAUGGGCAAAUACGUUCUGUUUGGAGACAAAACAUCAUUCUUCCAAAAAAUAUUUGAAAUGGCCAAAUCGUGGGUGGGCCAAGACAAGUUUUCUCCAUUAAAGCUGUAUGAGGAGAACAAGGGCAUUUGUGGUUUCAAUCUGCGUAGCCUGUUGUAUUUCCAAAAAAAUCGUCCCUUCGUUCGCAAUGUAUUCGACAAAAUCUGCAAGAUGUGGCAAGCUGGGCAAAUCAAAGCCGUAUUCGACUGUACCCUCCAUUUUGAUGACUUUACUGAAGCGUUGCAACACAUUCAAGAACACGAACCAAUUGGCAAAAUUAUCCUUGAUCCAACAAAGACAAAAGGAGAUUUGCUGUCCGACAGUGAUUAUUACUUGUUGGCAGAAAAAAACGUGAAACGCGGACAGCGUACGGUAAACCUACCAGACGUUCCUACCGAUAAAACAUUUCUGGACGAGGAAGAAGCGCACGUAAAACAUCAGCAGCAUGAAGAACAGCAACGGUGUCACGAUUAUUACGGUCCUGGGUGGAUGCCAAAUUUAUUUCCUAUAGGAAAUGUUUCUUUUUUUAGAACGGAAGAAGGCGAAGGCCCCCCAAGCUACACCAUUCCUGAACCAGGCGAGGCAGAGUCACCUCCAGCUUCACCACCUCCAGCUUCACCACCCGGUGAAGCGAGUGAAAACGAUGAGCCCACUUCCCCAACAAGCAAAAUAGAGGUAGGAUCUUCAAAGCAUGACAUUCCGUCAAAUUUACUCGAGGAGGAAGGAGAACAGCAACAUGGACAUGGCAUUCUAGAAAAGCUGCGUGAAGCAUUUUCUCUUUAUCGUACCAGUGACUGAAUAUCGGACUGCUUGUCAGCAGAGUUAAGAAAUCACGAUGCUCCGCUUCUUUCAGUGAAGAGAACUAGGAUUAUUUUCUUGGUCAUUUUUCAUAUAAUACCUACACAAGGAAAAAGUGUUAUAUUGCACCUCAUUCAUACCAUAAUAAAGGCACAAACGGAACAGGUUA